ACCACACCCUGCAAUGGCACAGUUUCUCCCAGCACCAGCCUGGGCUGCUGGGCUGGGGUCUGCCCAGAGGUGACCUCCUUAUCCAGGGCCUUUAGCACCAUUCCCACCCUUUUCUGGCUUUUGCUAUGCAGGAUCCCAUUUAGGCCUCCCCUCUGCCACAGCUCUUAGCUCACCAGCAGGACAAGGAGCACAUUUCCUCUCUUCCCUCCUCCACACAAGAGCCAGCCCAGCACAGGAGGCUGUGGUGCAGCCAGCUGAAGGUGCACAGUCCCUGAAGGACAGAGCUGACCAGCAGGUUCCUCUGCUGGCUGUCCCCACCUGGGGUCAGCCAGAGGUGAGCUGCAGCCCCUGCUGGCUCUGGACAUGGCCCCCUCCCCUUGGCUGCAGGAAGAAGGCAGGAUUCCAUGCAGGAUUGCUGGCUCUAGGAGGAGAGCAGGAGUAGAACAAGGGUGAUUGAUCCUGGGAGGUUGGGAUGAAUCAGGAUCUGGAAGAGUCUGUCUCCUUGUCCCUCUGAGCCCUGAGACCCCAGGUUCUGGAGCUCAUCAAUCCCUGCAACACUUGACAAGGCCAUGGUGGAGGGUGACACCUCUCCACUUCUGGAGCCCUUGGAAGCUGACUGAUGUGAAAGGUGGAGCCUUUAUUGUAAUCCUCCAGCAGGCAGCAGGACAGCAGGGCUGGAACAAUCUCCCUCAGCAAUGAGAGCCAUUGUCUCCAAAUAUCUGAAGCUGAAGCAUAAAAUGCCUGAUGGAGGAAACCUCAUCCUGAGGACAGUGGAGGCCAGCACUUACACACAGAGGGUCUCUGAGAUGGGGGGAAAUUAUGAAAAUUCUCCAAUCUCCAUGUGCUGUGGGGUACACCAGUGUGGGAGGUGCCCUGUGGAGGAGGAAGGCUCUUUGUGGCCACACUGGUAACGGGGACCCUUGGAGAGAAGAGUGAUCCUCCUGUAGAGAUGAUGAAUGGCCAAGGGAGAGUCAGUCCUGGAAGUGCAGCCCCAGUAGAAGGGAGAAGUUGCUCCUGGCUGAACAUCUGGAUCUUCCUUAUUUUUGCCCUUGCAAUCAAAGCUGCCAUUGUGACCAUCUGCCUUGUGGCUUUACUUGAUGGAAGCUCUGGCCAUUACAAGAUUGUCCUCCAGAACUCUACAGAGUGGUACUGUGUCCCCAGCAGUUCUGCAGAGAAAGUGGAUGGCUGGACGUGCUGCCCAAAGGGCUGGAGAAGGUUUCAAGGAAGCUGCUAUUUCCUGUCCACUGACACAAUGUCUUGGGCUGAGAGUGCAGAGAACUGCACUGGGAUGGGCUCCCAGCUGGCGGUGAUCACCAGCAGGGCAGAGCAGGAGUUCCUCUUCAACUUGACAAAAGAAAAAGCUACUAGCAUCUAUGAAACAAAAUACUACAUAGGCUUAGCUGCUUACAAAAAUGGGAAGUGGCAGUGGGUGGAUCAGACUCCAUAUGAGAAUACAGUCACGUUCUGGAAGCCUGGGGAACCCAAUCUGCUCUUUGCAGAAAAAUGUGCUGCAAUUCAUGUCAAGGGAAACACAGACCCCAACACUUACAGUAACUGGAAUAAUGUCCUUUGCAUUGCAAGUUGCUAUCGAAUUUGUGAACAGGCAGUCAAACUUCUCUGAGAAAGAACAUAAAAUCUGAGCUUCAAAGUACCUCAGUUCCCAGCCUGUGCCCCUUCAUCCCUUUACAAGGUGGAGAUCAGUCCUGGAUGAAAUAGCUCAUGUCAAGGACCUACUGUGAACGUUUCUACUCUCCUACUUAAGAAACAAGGGUCCUAAUUCUCCAUCACUUUCCUUGACUCCUGGUCCAGACAAUAUCUCCAUCAUGUGGAAGAGGCCAUCACUGUUUCAUGAAAGGAUACUUGUCCUUCAAAUCACUGGAGCAGAAUCUGAAAGAAAAGCAUUCAGUGGAGUAUCCUUGUCCCUCCUCUGAAGGGAAAAAUUUUUCAUGGCUGUAGUGUUUCCUUCUCUUUCAGCACAUGGUGUGUUGAUUAGUUUAAAGAAAAAAAUUAAUAAAUGUUAAUUUAUUAAAUGUUAA